CAGGCCAGUGUGGCAAGCAUCUUCUACUCUCCCUGGGAGCUGCUUUGUGCUUUUGGCACUUUCCUACCUGGGAUGGAGCAGAGCAUGAAACAGACUACUGAGGUCCUGCUGCAUCUGGCACCUGCUGAAGUUGCCAACCUCAAGGAAGGAAUCAAUUUUUUUCGAAAUAAGAGCACUGGCAAAGACUACAUCUUAUACAAGGAUCAGAACCACCUGAAGGCAUGCAAGAACCUGUGCAAGCACCAAGGAGGCCUGUUCAUCAAAGAUAUCGAGGAUCUGGACGGCAGGUCUGUUAAAUGCACAAAGCACAACUGGAAGUUAGAUGUGAGCACCAUGAAGUAUACUAACCCUCCAGGGAGCUUCUGUCAAGAUGAGCUGGUUGUUGAAAUGGAUGAAAACAGUGGACUUUUACUUCUAGAACUAAAUCCUCCUAACCCCUGGGAUUCAGAUCCCAGGCCCCCUGAAGAUUUGGCUUUUGGGGAAGUGCAGGUAACGUAUCUCACGCAUGCCUGCAUGGACCUCAAGUUGGGAGACAAGAGGAUGGUGUUUGACCCUUGGCUAAUGGGUCCUGCCUUUGCCCGGGGAUGGUGGCUGCUGCAUGAGCCUCCCUCAGACUGGCUGGAGAGGCUGUGCCGAGCAGACCUGAUUUACAUCAGCCACAUGCACUCAGACCACCUGAGUUACCCGACACUACAGAAGCUUUCCCAGAGACGACCGGAUGUUCCCAUUUAUGUUGGCGACACGGAAAGACCAGUGUUUUGGAAUCUGAAACACAGCGGUGUCCAGUUGACUAACAUCAAUGUGGUGCCAUUUGGAGCAUGGCAGCAGGUAGACAAAAAUCUUCGAUUCAUGAUCUUGAUGGAUGGCGUUCAUCCUGAGAUGGACACUUGCAUUAUUGUGGAGUACAAAGGUCACAAGAUACUCAACACCGUGGACUGCACCAGACCCAAUGGGGGAAGGCUGCCCGUGAACGCUGCUCUGAUGAUGAGUGAUUUUGCUGGAGGAGCAUCAGGCUUUCCAAUGACCUUCAGCGGUGGAAAAUUCACUGAGGAGUGGAAAGCCCAGUUCAUUAAGACAGAGAGGAAGAAGCUGCUGAACUACAAGGCUCAGCUGGUGAAGGACCUGCAGCCCCGAAUCUAUUGUCCCUUCGCUGGGUAUUUUGUGGAGUCCCACCCAUCAGACAAAUACAUUAAGGAAACAAACAUCAAAAAUGACCCAACUCAACUCAACAACCUUAUCAAGAAAAACUCUGAUGUGCUCACGUGGACCCCACGGCCUGGAGCCACCCUUGACCUGGGCAGGAUGCUGAAGGACCCAACUGACAGCAAGGGCAUCGCGGAGCCUCCAGAAGGGACCAAGAUCUACAAGGAUUCCUGGGACUUCCAGCCAUACCUGGACACCCUGCAUGCCGCUGUAGGCGACGAGAUCUUUCUGCACCCAUCCUGGAUAAAAGAAUACUUCACCUGGGCUGGAUUUAAGAAUUAUAACCUGGUGGUCAGGAUGAUCGAGACGGAUGAGGACUUCAGCCCCUUUCCUGGAGGGUAUGACUACUUGGUGGACUUUCUGGAUUUAUCCUUUCCUGAAGAAAGACCAAGCCGGGAGCAUCCCUAUGAGGAGAUUCGCAGCCGGGUGGACGUCAUCAGACACGUGGUGAAGAACGGGCUCCUCUGGGAUGACCUGUACAUAGGAUUCCAAACCCGGCUGCAGCGGGACCCCGACAUAUACCACCACCUGUUUUGGAAUCAUUUUCAAAUAAAACUGCCACUGACUCCACCCAACUGGAAGUCCUUCGUGAUGCACUGCGGUUAGAGGGACCUGGGACUUCUCAGACAGCGACUGAUCCCUUCACAUUUUCCAUCAAUAAGCUGGUGACGGUUCCUCCCCGUAGAUGAUGAGUCCCUUCAACUAGAGGCUAUUGCUUGGCCAGCCCCGUACUUAGCACGCACCCAGUGCGAUCAUGACUUCAAGCAAGAAAGGAGCACAUGCAUCUUUCUCUCCCACUGUCAAUGAGACUUGCCUCUUAAAUAGGCUCCCGUUGUCUUUACCGAUAAAGUUAAAGGUCAAGUCGGAGCUUCUUUUACAUCCUUCUCAGUUGCAAAGCCCUGAAUCCACACUGUAGUCUAGCACAGGCGCAGGGUUAGGUCUUCUGGGCAUGAUCCUAAGCUAGAGGGCAUGCUAAGGAGGCCCACUAGGCUGCACCACAGGUCACUCUUGUAAGCACUGGCUUGGGCUGAGUGGGCAGUGGGUGGUGGCCAUGUGGACCUUAUGAGCCACACAGGAGAGCCAUGCCACAUAUGGGCAGCCACCCAGCAAAGUGCAAAGGGUCCGAAGUCGCAUCCCAGUUCACAUCCUAGAUUCUCCCUCACCAUAAAGCAGCUCUAGAGCUCAAACUACGUGCAAGAACGAAGAUGUGUCCAAUGCAACAAGAAAAGGGCAGUAUGGAGAUAAGGUUCAGUGGUUGUUCAUUAGCAAUCUCUUUCACUCACAGGGAUGCCAGAGCACAUGAAGAAUUCAAGAAUUUACCUGCUCCACCUCGAUACAGGUUUAUCCCAGAGAAACUACGCUUUAUCACAUAAGCAUCGGAUGUCAUGCUGCCUUCAUGAGAUGUUUACAAAACUUGUGGAUCACUACGCAGAUACGCAAAUAUAUUUUUCUGGGGGUGUUGCUCAGUGCCAGAUUAUAUGCUUAGAUGCAUGAAGUACUGGGUUCCCAUAUAUAU